AUGGCAGGACCAACUGGUGGUCGCGACCAACCUUCCCAUGAUCCGACAGGCAAUUUCACCGGGUCUGGCUCCUCGCAUUUCGGUUCAUCUUACUACCCUAUCGACACUGAGCUGACCAGCAUGUCACCCAACUACUCCAUGCCUCCUUAUGCGCGACCGAUGGAAGAGGGAGUAUCUUCAGUCGACAAGAUCAACCAUGAAGGCGUAAACAAUGGCAUACCUCUGGGUCCAAAUGGCGCUGCAGCCUCCUCUGUGACCGAUCCCGCGAUGGCCCCUCCGCAGACACCACACCAGGCAACCUUUCCAGUUGGCGCACGGUCAAGCAUGGAUGCAUCCUCUGAGACACCCCAAGACCCUCAAACGGGCGAUAAGAGAAAGCGUUCAAAGGCUUCCCGUGCAUGCGACGAAUGUCGUAGAAAGAAGGUCAAAUGUGAUGCACCCACUGAGGCGGACGGCACCCCAAAGACAUGCACAAACUGCCAGAAGGCUGGUGUGAACUGCGAAUUCGAGCGCAAGCCCAUGAAGCGAGGUCCUUCCAAAGGAUAUAUCAGCGCGCUGGCAGAACGAGUUCACGGACUGGAACAAAAACAAAGACAGUCACUGGAUGCCGGUCCUGCAGGUUUCGUCGAGAGUUUUUCGCCUGAUGAGCCAAGUGGUCCAGGUUUUAAUCGUGCUUCUUCUUUCUCCGCUUCCCAAACCGUCAGCCCUUUCUCCAGGGCCGAAUUUCAACGAGAUCGCAUUCCAAGCACUGGCGGUUGGGGUAUCACCUCGAUUGCUCCUAAUCUUCGAUCGCGUGCUAUUGGAAGCCUCGCCAUCGCUCCCAACGAGACUCUUCCUGCUGCGAUUCCUGACGAAGAGUCCAACCCGAAGUCUGAAUUCCAAAAUUCCUCCAAAACACUUUCCAGUGACAUCGACAACUCUCAUCGCGCCAAACGUCCACGCAUCCUCGGACCCAACGACGACUUGCCACCCAUUAAGAUGGAGCAUCCGUUUUUGGCCAAGUACUACGAGCAAUAUCAUCCGCUCUUUCCAUUGCUUCCGGAAAAUAACGUUAUUGAUGCGGUGGUCAGCGGCGCCGAAAAUGAGGUGCAACACGCGCUUGCAGUCGCUGUCGACCUGUUGCCAGACCUCAGAGCCGGACUCACUGUCAAUGGUACCCACGAUUCCUCCUUGAAUCACGACCUGGACCCAGCCAUCAGCCGCCCGACUCCGACCCUUACCUCUACCUACUUUGCAAACUUCGACAAGUUGCUGGACUAUCUCUGUGGUGGAACCUAUGGUUCACCAGCAGAUCAUUCGGUGGAAACCAAUCUCUCAACGGCGUGGGCUUGUGCCUUGGUCUCGGUCACCUGCGAGAAUGAUGUCAAACAUCUGGGAGGUGAUGAAGACAAGUCCAAGCUACGCCUGCUUAACCACAGUCGACUCAUCUUGACGCACCUGCGCGAUGUUUCCGCUCAUGGUACGAUCCCCAGCAUUUUCUCCGCCCCGGUCGACUUCAUCCAUACAGUCAACCUGGCUAUGAACUGCGUCCUUGUCCUGAGCAAGUUUCACUUCUUGAGCAUCGCUCUUAAUCCAGCCGAAGUGACUAACCUCCAAAACCUCUCGACCCGACACCUCAAUUACCUGGGGCUUACCGUCGAAGCAACGUACAUGCAAACCGGCGUAAACCAGCUUGACCUUCUCUCCGAGGUGGUCCUGCCUCGCAACAAUGCUGGUGUAGAGUCGAGACUCAAUCAGAAGAUGUUUUUGCAGCAUGCCUUCGAGGUCCACCUUCUCAUGUUUGAUGAAACUCUCCGAGACUCGGCGAUUGUCAAGGAGUUCCACUGGUUCUUGGAGGUGAUGCUCAGCCCGUAUCAACCACAGACGCCUCCGUUCCCUUCCAUUGUUCUCGAGCGUGCCGUCAAUCUGGCCCAGGUCCUCAUUGAAGACGCAAAGUCGACCUCUAAUGCCCCCCGGUACAAUCCUCUUGACCUACACACCUGGUCUGUGGCAGCGAUCACUCUGUGCGAGGUCGUCACCGAUGUGAGCAGUAGGCAAAUGGCCGAUUAUGCACGCAACCACCUUCAGAAUUUGCGCACGGAGCUCCAGAAGAAGUCGGAUGCACUGCACAAGCACUAUGACUUUGAGUGGUUCUAUGGCGAAAAGAUGAAACACUGGACUGACGGGCUCAUUGCGAUGAUCGACUACGUUCUGGUACGUCCUUCUGCGGCCGACGAGAACAGAAGCAGCACUGUGAUGUUGGUCCCGAACUUCGCAGAGAUGAUGGAGAGAGGGUGGUUGCGAGCUCUUCUUUUCUUUGCAAACAACUGA